AUGGGCGCCAUUUUGUCCCACUGCAGCGCCGUGAUUUGCAUUGACAUGCCUGUCCGACCUUUCGCACCCCCAAAAUCCCCGCUGGAAGAUCUGGAAAACAAGGUGGAGAAGCGAGGAAGAAAGACGGCUGGGCAGUGGGAAGAAAGGGACAAGAAGAAAGUUCACCAAUAUUCAGAAAUUCAGACACUCUACUCACGAAGUGCGCAUGGUCAGGCGGCCAAGAACGGGCACGGCCAGGUUUCACAGGAAUUGCGAGGAGCGGCGUCGCAUACUGGCACAUAUCUAAAGACCUUCCAAGUUUUAGAACCAUCGGCAACAAGCAUGGAGUCAAUUCGAGUCACCGAUGAUGAAAUUGUGGUCGAUAGUAUGAUUCUGGCAAGCAGGGGAGAGAAGGAGAACCCUGCUCUACCAAGUUUCGGCCGCAGCUUGGUCCCCUACUUCUGUCCCAAUAGGUCGGACAAUCCUACAGAGGAUGACAUCAAUAUCAAGACAGAUUUGGACGCCUACCGCAGAGACGGUGCUUCAAUCCUUGACAUCCCCUCACCAGAGGCCAGCAAGGAACCUGCCUCGAAGGGCGCAGGAUUUGUCAAUGCUGGACCCUUAGUUGCCUUGGGAAAGAGCUCAAGACUGGCUGCGGAGAGCCACAGUAUGACUGGCAGUGAGCCCCUCAAGAUGCGAAAGAGAGGAGCGGGUGCAAAGAGCAGGAAGGCGGGCCCUCGCAAGAGUGAGGAAGUGUCUUCUCCCACUUCUCCCCUGGACGACCCUACUGUGUUGACGACGUCCUCCGACAGCGACGCAACAGAUUCCGACUCUCAGCAAAAGUAUCGUUCCGUCUUCGUCGGGCAAGGCCCCACCUGGCAGCAGGAGGAGCUUCAAAAGAGCCCGCUCAAGGCCAAGAAACGGGCCCCCAAGCCACACAGCAAGGGAGCGAGCGCCUCUCUUUCUGGGGCUCCAAAGGGAUCAGUCAAGACUAGUCAGCCGCAGCCUGAGGGCAGCAGCAAGGGCCAAACCCCCUCCGCGCUUCCGCAAGCUCGUCAGGACGUCGUGCGAGCGCCGCAGGUUUCUGUUGAAGCUAGGAGCCAGCCUCCCGAGCGGUUCGCAGGGGCAGCAUUCCACAACUCUCCGGCCCCUAGUUGCCUGCCGCUGCCUACCUUUGCACUGCAGAAAGUGCAGGACAGCUCUGCUCCUGCUCGGCUCAACCUCUUUUUGUCCCCCCCUCGCGAGCCACGGGGGCCUCCGCCCCCUCACGCUGGUCUCCUCACGCCCCCCUGCGCACCCACUGUCCGGGGGGGCCUGCUCACCUCUGGCAAUGCCCCCCUGCUGCGCGCUCCCAGCACCCCCGAGCAGCUGCUAACAGCCGCAGGGGGCGGCCCAAGCAAAGGCCUGCAAGUGAGCGCUGAGCAGGCUACGCUGGCGCUACAGGAGCUGCUGAAACUGGGGACGCCGCCACCUGCGCCGGUGUCGGCGCCUUUGGAUCUGUCUGAGUCGUCGAUUGCGACCAGGGACCUCAGGAGGCUGCUGCAGCUGGCUUGAGAGCGCGGGCUCGCGGAACUUAACCUGGAUGGGUAGAAAUUAUUGGGUGCGUAUACAUUGAGUUGGGUGGGUAGGUAAUAAAGGUUCGGCGUCGCGUCAAGUGCCACUGUAUUCUAGCUAGACAGGGGCAGCGUGCUUGGCAGCGCAGCGGCGCAUGGCCAGGAACAUUGUUGGUUGAGUCGAUAGAGGUCACAGCCCUCCACCUCGCGCCUCCGCAAGAGGAGCUUAGUGCGGGGGUUUUGCUAGGGUCCAACUGUUUGUUCUGCAUCAGCGCUGCUUGGCACACUAGAGUCUUUCGUCAGUGUACAUAUGCUAGGAGUUAGACUUGAGUGUUGCAGCCCACUGAACGAGCCUAGCCGCAAUUGGUGCCUGCUUGCGUCAAAGCGUCAGAAGCAAUUGUUGGUCGUCCUAGCAGGUUAGCUUGUAGUUGGUUAAAAAGGAGCAGUGUUGACCAGGGUCUGAGAACUGUCGUGGUCUGGGAAGGUCUGAAGCUGCAGCUUGCCCGAGUCUUAAGGGUCCAAGCACAGACUCAGGAGGCCUGUACGUAGCACCAAAAAACAAUCUAGGGCAACUCAAAGUAGGGAGUCUGAAGUCUCAAAGUGGCUCAAAUGGCAGAGCAACAGUUAUCCCGCAGCAAGCAAUUCAGAGCGUGGUGGAGGGAUAUGGGGGUAAACAUCGGGAGAGGGCUGUGGGAGGAGUUCAGACGAGAAAAACUCUUGAGGGAAGGGAUUCUGAGGCUGAGCAGUACAAGCGGAGGUCCAUGACGAUUACUUCAAGAGACGGGACUCUGAGCAGCAAAAGCGGAGUCCGUGGUGGUGAACCAAAAGGGCGAUGGGAAGGAUAAAACGACAGAGAGGUUUUGAGUGGUCUGCGGAUGCACUCUUUGGUUGGACGAUUUUACAAUGUAAGGGCAUAACAAAGGGGAAAUGGGAAGGACGUAUUAUAAGGUCAAAGGCAAGUUGAUC